UCACCACAACUUUUAAUGGUUGCUAUCUCAUUCCACAUUUGCUCUCCUUGAUAUUUUUCUUUUACUAAUCCAAAAUUUUAUUUUCUACUUUUUAUAACUAAACCUGAUCAUUAUAGCUAUGAUAAGAGCAAGUCAAGAAGUUCCUUGACAAAGCUAGGCGUGUUGAGUUUCAUUCUGGUUUCAUAAAGUUUCAGCAUUUAUAAGAAAAUGGAAAGAAAGAUGUGCAGAGGACUCGAAUGCAUGGCUCUUCUUCUUCUUAUUUUGGCUCCAUUUCACACUCUCCCUGCAAAGGGAGAAGAGUGCUCCUAUCUAUUAGAGGUGCAAACCUCAUAUAGUUUUCUCGGUUCAGAGACAGAUGACCCUGUCCGUGUGAGGUUUGGGGACAAAGGUUUUUAUGAGGAAAACAAAGUUGAGGUGCUAGAACGGCAUCUUAGCCAGUCCAUGAACGAAGGCAACAAGAAACCCUUCAGAUGGGGCAGCACUGAUAAGUUCAACUUAACUGGGCCUUGUGUGAAGGACAAUUUGUGCUAUGUAUAUUUUAAGGUAGAGGGCACAGAUGGAUGGCGCGUUAAUGAUGCCAUAGUUCAUCAUAACUACGGUAAAGAUACAUUCCACUUCAAUAAGAAGCUUCCAGAGAAUACUUGGGAUGGACCUGAAUACUGCAAUGCGAAUUCAGAGAUGAUUGCCUCUUUGGCGGCUACGGAGGAUGCAGUUGAGCAAGUAGAUAAGAACGGUAAACGAAAAAGCAGAAAGAUAAAGGUACAUUAAAUUGCCUUUGGUGAUGUAACUAGAACUUCUGUUAACAGAUGGAAGAGUAACAAAUAAUCUUAUGAACUAAUAGAGGGGAGAAAGGGUAUUAGUCUUCUAGUAUAUAGGUAACUAGUGUGUUUAAUCCUCUUGUAUUGGCAAUGCUUGUGUAUUAACAACCUCUUUCAUGUGAUAAGAUGAAAGAGAAAUUAAGACUCUAAGCUUUGUACUUUUGAGAUAAGUGAUGUAUUGGUGUUGAUUGAAUAAUUUUAAGUAUGUUAUUAUUUAAAGGAAA